AUGGCGGAGCAAUGGUGCAAGCUUGGUUCGUGGCGCAUAUGUCGUCAAUGCCACAGUGUGCGCCCGCGUCCUUUCCAACCGGGAGAUUUACGGCGCGUCGCCCAGCCCACCGUCAAGACCUGCACUCUGUGUCGGCGCGGUGCGCGCGUGCCGCAGCCAGGUGAUGUGCCCGAACCUUUGCGCGAACUCUCUGCAGACGUGGUGCUAGCCCUGCGGCCACUGGACGUGGACACUGGCAGCUAUGAGCGAGCUCCACACGGUUACCGCGUCCAUGCAUCCAUGGUCCGGUUUGCAUGGGCCGCCAAAGACGUCGAAACCAAGAUCGCGCAGCUGUCGCACGCGCGGGAGCGGAAGCAGGCCAAGCGGGCAUUUCGCUAUCUGACAGAAUCGGAGCAGGGCCGGUCGACUUCGGCUUACGCUGACUUCGUGGAACGCCAUCGCCGCUUCUUGACUACCCACGAAGACGCCGCGGAGCAGGUGCGAAAGCGGCCGCUUCGCUUUCUGGAGGAACGAGCCCUGGAGUGCGCGCUGUGGCCGCACCUAUACUGGGAUACGUCCCUCUGCGAAACAGUUGUUCGCCUUACAGACGUGCGCCGGCAGCGGCCGGUCCGGCCGAGGGCCUGCAUGUCCAGCGGCGAGGAAGACGCAGGCUGCGCCACCUCGGACGAAGACUCCGCGUCUUCUGCGUCCGCAGACAGUGCCGGAGAGCUCGCCUCUGCUGCCGGCCGGCACAGUGUACGCCGCAGGCCGGAGACACUUCACAUGGCUCAUGUUCUCAAGGAGCUCGACCGCGGGUAUUUCAGCGGCAUGAACCGGCGCACUGUCGGUCGCCGAGAUCGACAGUGGAAAGACCAUCUCCUCGCCGCAGCUGACGGUUCGGAUGUUAACACCGUGCUUAAUUUCGUUUCUCGCUUGGAGUUUCAAGAUGGAAAGCGAAAGACCGGCACCCAGCGAUACCACGGGCGCGGCGCGGUUCACUCUCACUCCUUGGACUAUCUAGAGAACGUCGGUGCGGUGCGACUGCACGAGAAGCUGAGUGCCUCGGUGCCACAACAAGCGGAAGCCGUGAUCACGCGGGGCAUCGUCCUAGACUCGCAGCUAGACAGAAAUAACAGCAAGGUGGACAUCCGAGAAGAACCCUCUGCGUGGGACGACGCAGAGCAGAAGGUGCUCUUACACCACACCGAGGAAGACCAUGCCCGCCAUGUCCGCGCAUAUUUUCCUGAAGCUUUGCAGGUAAGCAAGUGCCAUGAAGACGUCCUGCAGGCAGACGGGCACGGUGCACUCAUGCGCUACGUCGCGACGUACCAGCAAAAGUUCAGUGGGAGCUUUGCUGGUGAUUGGUUGAACGACGAAGCGUCAGACUAUAGCGUGGCGCGACGCAUUCUCUUUGACCACCACCCACUCGAACCUGAAAUGUGGCUCAGCCUUGCUGGUGCCAUGUUUCCUCAAUUUUCUUUCGGCGGCGCUUUGGUGGAUAUCUUCGCGCCCUACCCCGGCAUGGAGCACAAGCCGGACUUUGUCGUUCGCUACGAAACUUGCAGCUGGAGAGGGGAGAGCAUGACCUUGCUGGACUUCCUGCGGAAAAGCAAUUCUGUCGGCGCCAUCCUGCAGUGGGUGCGUCGCAAGCACAAGGCGACGGAGCCAGCUGGCGCCGAUUCUGUCGAGGAAUUCGCACGCAGCUGUCCCGCUCGUGGGGAGAAAGCUGUUGCCGCCGCUUGCGUCUCCCGCCUGCGAGACCGAUACUACGGCCAGUGGCUUGCACUGCACUGCCCGUUUGCUCAGUUAGACGACUUCUUCGUGCCCGAAAUCCAAGAGAAGGUCCCGGAAAGAUAUCAGCUUUUCGCCACCGCGUUGCACUGGCGUGCCGAUUAUUGGACCAACUUGGACCAACUCCGCGCGGACAUGCAACUGGAAGCAGGCAGCAGCGACCACAUCGAGACGGUGUGUAACCUCGUGCGUGCCCAAACUCAUCUCGUCGGUCGCUACCUCCAAGGAGAUCUCGUCCGAGAAGAUGUGCGGGAUGCCAUCGAGGAGGUGGAAGCGGAAGCGGCAGAAGCUCCGCGACCGGCAGACGGCGACGUGCCGUUGGUGCUCGAUGCUUCGCAGCGUCGCCUGCAGCGCUUGAUCGAUCUCAGCGUGCAGCGAUCCUUGGACGCUCGAGCGGCAGAGGACGAUGACGCGCUGGACGACAUCGCUCUGGACGCGCACAAUACUAACCGCAUAUUGGCGGCUGUCGGGCCGCCGGGCUCAGGUAAGACUAGUGCCGUUCAUGCUUGCAUUCGGCGGUGGCAUGCGCGAGGGGCCCGCAUUCUUUUCGCUUUGCCCACGGGACAGCUAGCCGCUCAGAUGCGACGCCUGCAUCCGGAUAUCGAUGUGGACACAUGCCACGGUGCAUUCUUGUUCCAUAAAGAAAUCUCCGAAGCCUUGCCCAUCCUCAGCUCUUACGACCUGGUCAUUGUGGACGAGUUGUCGAUGCUCACCAGCGAGCACUUCGAUCGUCUGGACACUAUGUGGCGUGCAGCGGAUCGCUUGCCCUGCAUGGUUUUCCUUGGUGAUUUCUGGCAGCUGCCCGGGCCGCAGCAGCCGCCGAGCAAAGUGUCAGACAGCCAGGCAUGGAACGGUGUCAAGCAGAUAAUGUUCAACACUAUGCACCGCUGCGAAGAUGCGCGCCUGGCCAAGAAGCUUGCAGCUCUGCGAACCGCUGUUCCUAGCAAGCGUCUCUUGAAACAGAUUGCCAACCGAGCCCAUCGCGCUUGGACCGACGCCGAGCCCACUGCUUACGACGUCCUCGAGGUGUUUCGAAGGACAGACUACGCAACAUCCAUGGUCACGUGCACCAGGAAGGGCGCGCAGACGCUGAACGAUCUUGCGGUGGAUGUGCUGCUCAGGCACCGGCACCAGACGCCCCUAGGAGAGCUGCCCUUCGAUUGGGAAAUGGACCCAGGCAACUACACGCAAGAUGGCACUUUGUGCUCUGAUGCUCCGCCAAAAUCCAUGCCCACCAGGGUGUACAAGGACAUGCGUGUGUUCCUUACCAAGAACUUGAACAAGAGACAAGACUUUGUGAAUGGCAUGGGUUGCAAGGUACUCGACUAUCACGAGCGUAGUGGUUGUCUAACCGUGCUCACCGACACUGGCAAGCGGCUUGCCGUGAGCGCUGUUCGUGAGCGCGUUGGCACUCACGACGUGGACUACUUCCCGCUCCGCCUGGGGUACGCUUCGACCGUGCAAAAGGUACAAGGGCAAACGCUGAAGCAUAUUACGCUUUGGCUUGACCGGCCCUGCUGCCGGGCUGCGGGGUAUGUGGCGCUGAGUCGGGUGCGACAUGACGAGGACUAUCUUAUCGCUGGCAAAAUCCGCCCGCACCAUUUCACACCUGCGAUGUGA